AUGAUCCUCUUUAAACCACGUCACUGUACCCUGCUAGCACUGGCUGUCCUGGCUGCUGCUGCGUCCGCCGCCUACAGCUCAACCUGUGCUAAUAACGUUGUUACCUACUGGGGCCAGAACAGCUGGGGUGGCAGCCACCUCAACGACCCCGACCACUGGGAACAGGACCUCGCCAAGUACUGCCAAGGCGACACCUUCGACAUUAUCAACCUCUCCUUUGUCACAAACUACAACACUUCAGGCCUCCCAGUCCUCAACCACGCCGGCCACUGCGAGACUAAAUUCAACGGCACAAACACCCUGACAUGCCCGGAUAUUGGUGCCGACAUCAAGACAUGCCAGGCCAAGGGCAUAAAGAUUGUGCUCUCGCUGGGCGGCAGCGGCAUCUACUCUUACGGCCUGGCAAGCGAUGCUGAUGGCAAGACGUUUGCAGACACUAUCUGGAACAUGUUCCUUGGCGGAUCGCACGACUACAGGCCAUACGGCAAUGCUGUGCUCGACGGAAUUGAUCUUGAUAUCGAGUCAGGCGACCACACCGGGUAUGCUGGAUUCAUUUCGCAGCUGCGCACCCACUUUGCCAGCGCCUCGAAGCAGUAUGUCAUCUCGGCAGCUCCGCAGUGUGUCUACCCAGACUACAACCUGGAUUCAACUCUGCGGAACGCCUGGAUCGACAACAACUACGUACAAUUCUACAACAACCCGUGCAACCUGGCCAACAUCGACAACCAGUGGAACUUUGACUACAAGAGCUGGGACACACUGGCGAAGAAGAACCCAAACCCCGACUCCAAGGUGUACAUCGGCCUGCCCGCCGGACCGGCUGCUGCUGGCAACGGAUAUCUGAAGCUAUCGACACUCAAGACUGAUAUCACGCAGCUGUACUCGAACUACUCGUCAACUUUUGGUGGGAUCAUGCUCUGGGACGCAUCUUGGUACUCGAACAACAGAGAAUAUGUGCAGGAGCUCGCUACCUGGGUCAAGACCAGCAUGAACUGUGGUGCCAGUGCCUCAACACCAGCUUCUUCAGCAGUGGCCCCUUCAUAG